AAAAAAGUUGGCAGGCCGACAGCAGAGCUGUGUCUGCAUCCAUCGGGGAGAGGAGGCCCGUGCGGUGUGGGGCGGGCCAGGAGCAAGGAGAGGCCUUCCUCCCUUUGUGCUCCCCCCCUCCUCCCCCCCAGGGGCCCUAUAAAUAGGCCCGGCCAGGGCUGUGGCCCAGCUCUCAGAGGGAGUCGAGCACCAGGCAGCGGUUUCCAGCCAAGCCCCCUGCCAGCAUGGCCAGCGAGUUCAAGAAGAAGCUCUUUUGGAGGGCGGUGGUGGCUGAGUUCCUGGCCAUGACCCUCUUCGUCUUCAUCAGCAUCGGUUCCGCCCUGGGCUUCAACUACCCACUGAAGAGCAACAACACGUCAGGUGCGACCCAGGACAAUGUGAAGGUGUCGCUGGCCUUCGGGCUGAGCAUCGCCACGCUGGCCCAGAGCGUGGGCCACAUCAGCGGGGCCCACCUCAACCCGGCUGUCACGCUGGGGCUGCUGCUCAGCUGCCAGAUCAGCAUCCUCCGGGCUGUCCUGUACAUCAUCUCCCAGUGCGUGGGGGCCAUCGUGGCCACUGCCAUCCUAUCGGGCAUCACCUCGUCCCUGAACAACAACUCGCUUGGCCGCAAUGAGCUGGCUCCUGGCGUGAACUCAGGCCAGGGCCUGGGUAUCGAGAUAAUCGGCACCCUGCAGCUGGUGCUCUGCGUGCUGGCCACCACUGACCGGAGGCGCCGUGACCUUGGGGGCUCAGCCCCCUUGGCCAUAGGCCUCUCUGUGGCCCUGGGACACCUGCUGGCGAUCGACUACACCGGCUGUGGUAUUAAUCCUGCCCGGUCCUUCGGCUCAGCCGUCAUCAGCCACAACUUCAAGGACCACUGGAUUUUCUGGGUGGGGCCGUUCAUCGGGGGAGCCCUGGCGGUGCUCAUCUAUGACUUCAUCCUGGCCCCACGCAGCAGCGACCUCACAGACCGCGUGAAGGUGUGGACCAGCGGCCAGGUGGAGGAGUAUGACGUGGACGCUGAAGACAUCAACUCCAGGGUGGAGAUGAAGCCCAAAUAGAGGGGGCCUGACCCGGGCAUCCACGUGGGGGUGGGGAGCAGGGGUGGGCGGAGGGCGGGGAGGGGUGAAAUCCAUAUUGUAGGCACUCUGACAAGCUGGCCCAAGUCACUUCCCAAAGAUCCGCGGGACUUUUGUGGCCAAGCCUGAUUUGGGGCUCUUCCUAUCACUUUCUUUCUCUUUCUCUGUUUCGUGGCCUCGGACCUUCCUGGAGACCAAGAUUGACCACUCACCCACUCCCUUGAAGUCACAGAGGAGGUGAAAGAGAGGGACCCACCCUGAUAAGUUGUCCCCUCAGAGUGUGACAGGUGGUAUGCCAGAAAGCACCCCUCAUCCCAAAGUUGCUCACCAACUCACCUGCCGCAGGUGCCUGGGGCUGCACUAUCAUUGCUUUGUGCCUUUGGGCGCGGCCUUCUUUCUUAUCACAUGCACUUUGUCCCCAAGGGCACUUGAGGGGAAGAGACCCCAGGAGAAGCGGUGUUAGGGGCAAGUGGCGAAAAGCUUUGCCCAUGCAGUGUGGCUAGCUUCUAGGGCCCUCCCUUGGAUGUGCUGCACGAGCCUGGGGUUGUCCCUAGGUUAGGGCCUCAGUGACGCCAUCUGUCAAGUGGCAGGGACAGGGAGAGCUCUCUGGGCCUGAGGCCCCUCUCUAGGGCUCCGUAAGCACAGACACACUGUGGGUUCUGGGAGAUACAGCCUGGACCAGCUCUGCUUCUUCCCCUUGGCUGGGUGCUUCCCUCAAGCACGUAGCUGCCCAUGUGCAUCUGUGUGAGGGCGCGGACACACGCACGCAUGGUCCACGGCAGCGAGCAACACACACUCCAGCCAUUGGAGGUUUCCGUUCCCGGGGAAGCAGGCCUGAUCCCUCCGCAGUGUCUUCACCAGACAGGUCUGCCGCUGCCGAGGGAAGGUCAUUUAGAGGGCGAAGGAGGGAUGCUCAUGUUUUUUCAUUGAGUUUUAGUUGUUUUUUUCCACCUGUCACUGCAUCAUCUUGCUCUUUAUUUGGUUCUCCGCUUCCUCCUGCUGGUGUAGACACAGGUCGCUGUUACGCAGGUGUGUGUUUAUUGAAGGGCAGUUUGUUAUCCAAAGCUCCAGCCUGGGGACAGAUGACAAUGCUGCAGCUUGGCCCAUAGAAGCAGAUGCCCUUGCUGGACCCUUGGGGGGCUUUCCAAGUCCCCAGCUGAUGCUGAGGAGGGGGGGAGUGGAGGAGCAGAUUCUCCCCUAUCGCUGAGCUCCCGGUUGGGGGCAUUUGGGGCAGCCGGGUGACCUGCACAGGCUCCCCAUGUGACCCAGGUCAUUGCCUUCGCUCCUCACUUACUUGGAGGGAGAGCCGGCCUUGACCUGAUGAAGGAUCUAUGGUUACAGCCCAGGUACAGUUCGGAGCACAGAGUCUGUUUCAGGGGCAGUUAGCGACACAGUCCAUUCAAUUCCACCAGGUCAGAGCAGAUCCCCCAAAUGUCUGUAGCACGAUGGUGACAAAAACUGAGACACAAUACCCCAAUAUCUAGAAGCAGCAGGAGGACCGGGAGGCCCUUAACAGUUACUGACCCAUCACAACAUCUGCACAGGGACUUCUAGCCCACUUAACAGAUAAGGAAACUGAGACCCCGGGUCCCACAGCUAGAUCGUGAUUUGGCCAGGUCUAGCACCCAAGGCCAUUGUCUCUGGCCCCUCCAUCCCCAGCUUCUCGGUUUCUGCCUGGGCCAUGGCCGAGGGCCAGGAGGGCUGAGGGUUGUGCUGGGGGGAGGCGGCAGACCCACUUCCUGCCCGGCCCUUGACGCUGUACACCAGGACCUGCUUCUGUCUGCUCUGCAUGUAUGUCUCUUUGGAAUUGGAAUUUCAUUAUAUGGUAAGAAAAUAAAGGAAAAUGACUUGUAAGGUCA